AUGGAUGCGAUCUACAAUCAUUUUGAAAAAGUGGCUAUUGUAUUACCGUCGACAGGAACAAGCCUCUCAAAGGUGGAAUAUGAUCAUGUAAUGGAGCCCACCAAUGGGAACCCAUUGCUUGAACUCAUGCAGAUAUUCGCUGAUGUUGGGCCGAUAUUCUCUACCAUGCGGUCAAUCGACCACUCUAAUCCUGAGGCUUGCCAACUUUUAUUACUCAGAUGCUGGGGGGCGAAGGGAAGGUUACUCAAUUGGUCUAACGAAAGACAUCUUGGAAGCAGUCUUCUGUUGGAAUGUGCUUCAGCUGAAUUUGGGGAUAAGGAUAUUCCACCCACAGAUGCAUUGUUUGGGCAGCCGUAUCUAUUUGCAUCACAGGAUGACGCAGUGCUGCAUUUGACAUUAUGGGCGCAGUUAGUUAUAGUCCACAAGCUGAUCCACCAUGCACACUCCCUUGUGACGUUACAUACAAACGAAGAUGGCUCACCCUCUGUGGAUCUCCUAGAAGGCGAGGACCUUCUCCUCUCGGCACAAUAUGCGGACAUGGUAGCACGAGGUAUACCCUACUGCAUACAGCAGAGUAUGAGAUCCUCCAUAAUGCACAUGAUGGCGUUUAUAUUGAGUGUGAUAUCAACAACCUUCAGUGACUUUCGGGAUCGUGAUAAAUUCGACUGGCUGCAACAGAUCUUCAAUUAUUCUGCAAGGCGUGGGUUUGAAUAUGCUGCUCGUCUUGCGGAAUUGGCGAGAGAUACAUGGGCUCACCAGGAACAAUCCGGAGCAGAAGAUUCUUAUGCGUCAUCUAGUCUGGAGAUGAUCAUCACGCAGAGCCAUGACGAAGGUUCACGAAACGAAGAAUAUCUUGAGAGAAAGCAUAUGUCCUUUCUUACUUGA